UCAUCAUCAUUUUCAUCAUCAUGGUCUUCUGUCAAUGCAAAAAGACCAAACCGGAUCAGAUUUGACAAACACCAUCUCUGUGAUUCAUGAAAAAUUAAUAUAUUAUAUUAUAUUCUUUUCUUUUUUGUUUUAUAUAAUAGAAAACCUUCUUAAAUGAUCAGCUCUUCGCCUUGCUCUCUUUAUUCUUCGCCUUGCUCUUUUUAUUCUGCCAGUAAGAAUGCCUCUGACAUACUUUCUUAUGCUUGUCAGUAAAGAUCUGUAUAUUUUCUCAUAAUUUCACAUUAUCUUCUAUGUGGGAGUCGCUAUAACUCAGUAACCUGCAACUGGAAAUUACAAGAGAAAAAAAGGGAAGAAGAAGGGAAAAAGGAGACUUGUCCAGCCAUUAUCUUCCGACUUCUCCCUUGCCACACUGUAGUUGUAACCUUUCUUCCACGCCUUUCAGGUGAGAGCAGAGCGGUCGUGAUGGGACCUUGGCCUUGUCAUGAUUUCACAUGAUCAGAUGGCUCUGAUACAUGGUACUUCAAGUUCUGGAACUACCAACUAUCCCUUUCAUCGACAUGGGUACCAGGGAAAGGAAUACGGCGUCAGCAACGGCCGGACGGAGUUCGUUCUUUCAUUAUCGAUCAGAAGAUGAUUGAUCUUGUAAUUGAAAACUAGGGCUCUCGUUCUGUCAAUUUCGGAAAUCAUGGCUACUUACUUCUCUGGCAAUGGCGCAGAGAUUCAAUCGGACAGCAUGCAGACACUCUACCUGAUGAACCCAGGAUAUGUUGGAUUUCCCGAGCCGACCACACAGGGAAACGUAGUUUUGGUUAAUCAGCACGCCGGAAAUUCGUUGCCGGGAAACCACCAGCAGUUCAUCGGCAUCCCGCUUCCUCCGGCAGCUCAGGCGUUCAUGGGCAACCAGCCGAGUGAGGUGAAUUCAGCCUUCUUGGCUUCCAAUCUCAGGCAGCAUAACCUAUGGAGGAACAACGCCGGCGAAUUGUCGUUCGUCCAGUCGAUUGGAGAUGCCAGUCCGACUGCCGCCGCUUCCUCCGCGAAUCAAUUUCAUAUUCCGGCGAUGGGGAGCAACUCCGGCCACCAAACGAUGGGCGAGAUCCCUCCCCAACUGGGGCUGCAAAGGGAGCAGCAAGGCGGGCUGUCCCUGAGCCUAUCGUCGUCACCGGUGCAAUUCAUGGCGGCGUCUAAUUCCUUCCAGUCUGAUGUGGAGGCGGCAGGGGGGAUGGUGCCGCCGACGGCGGCUGGAGGAGGAGUUGGUGGUGAAGAAGGGGGAGGCGAGGAGAGGAGGGUGAAGUGGGAAGGCGGGUUGCAGAGCGUUCUCUUGGGAUCCAAAUAUCUGAAGGCAGCGCAAGAAUUGCUGGAUGAGGUGGUGAAUGUGGGGAGGCGUUUGAAGGGCGACCGGACGGAAAAAUCACCUUCCAAGGAGGGGAAGACAAAGAAGGAUCCGCCGGCGGCAGAACCAGAGGACGCCGGCGGCAAGAGAGGGAGCGAAUUAACUGCAGCAGAAAGGCAGGAACUUCAGAUGAAGAAGGCUAAGCUAGUUGGCAUGCUGGAAGAGGUGGAUCAAAGAUACAGACAGUACCACCAUCAGAUGCAGAUGGUAGUUUCUUCCUUUGAGGCGGUAGCUGGAGCUGGGGCUGCGAAGACAUAUACUGCCCUUGCGCUGCAGACGAUCUCGAAGCAGUUCAGGUGCUUGAGAGAUGCCAUCGCCGGACAGAUCAAGAUGACCAGCAAAAGCCUCGGGGAAGACGACUGCUUGGCCGGCGGCAAGGCUGAGGGCUCGAGGCUCAAGUACGUGGAUCAGCAGCUCCGGCAGCAGAGGGCGCUUCAGCAGCUGGGCAUGAUGCAGCACAACGCAUGGAGGCCGCAGAGGGGUCUGCCGGAGAGGUCCGUCUCCGUCCUGAGAGCGUGGCUCUUUGAGCACUUCCUCCACCCGUAUCCAAAAGAUGCAGAUAAGCACAUGCUUGCCAAGCAAACAGGCUUAACAAGAAGUCAGGUCUCAAACUGGUUCAUCAAUGCACGUGUUAGGCUUUGGAAGCCAAUGGUUGAAGAAAUGUACAUGGAAGAAAUCAAAGAACACGAGAAGGAGAAUACGUCGGAGGAGAAAAUCAGCAAGAGUGAAACCAACGAGGAGUCCGCACCCAUGAAAUCCACAAGCAUGGACAGCCCGCCACCUGCAGUAGACAUGGCGAACAGCAAGUGCUUGGACACGAUCAGCACUGGUCAGACGAGAUCCUCACCACCAUGCGUCUCCGCUGCAGGGUGCAGCCUGCUCGCCUCUGCUUCUUCACCGGACGCACAGAUCCUCCUUGACAUCGAGCUCAAGCAGGCCACCUCCAAAAGGAUGGCAGGCAAUGGCUUCCAAGACUUGAACCCCCUUCCAUCCAUAAAUGCGAACAUGGACAUCAAGGCCGACGGUACGACCAUCGGUGGUUUCCGGCGGCAAAGUCGAGAUGGCUACGCUCUUGCUGCCGCCGCGGCCGCAGCUGCCGCGGACCAGGGAAGCAGCUUUGGCUCAUACCAGCUCGGUGACAUUGGUAGAUUCAGUCACGAGAAUUUCGCGCCUAGAAUCACGACAAAUGGGGUGUCUCUCACUCUAGGCCUUCCUCACUGUGACUCGCUCUCAUUAUCUGGGCCACAAGCAGCAGCCUAUCUUUCUAGUCAAAGCAUGGCAUUGGGGAGGAGGCAUGAGCUAAGUAGUGAGCCUUCUGAUGACUUCUGCAGCUUGAACUCUACUGCUGCUGCGGCUCACCCAGCCAAUGCCUAUGAUAAUAUCAACAUCCAAACCAGGAAGCGUUUUGCUGCUCAGUUGUUGCCAGAUUUUGUCACCUGAUCACAGAAAUCAACAUUGGUUGCUGUCUUCCUGGAAGUCUAUAUCUGUAACAGUAAGCUAGCUAGCUUAGCAGAAUCAGCAAAUAUGCAUAGUAAAUGUAAGCUAUAUUAAAUAUAUAUGUAUACCUUCCUCUCAUUUCUCUCCUAAGGGAAAAAAUACUAGUGGCCUAAUAAAAAGCAAAAGAGAGGAAAAAGUGGAAGUAGCGGAAACGAUACGUAUAGGUUAUAGUAUCAUGAAGGGCUGUAUAUUUAUUUUGUCCUCAUUGCAGGUAGCUCUCCACGAAUUAGUGCAAAUAUUGUUAUUCAUAAGGAAAUAAAUGAACAUCAGUAUAUUAAUGUA